UGGAAAUGUCUGAAAAACAGCAAGAUCAGGUUUAGGACAGCAUUGUCUACAGACAAAGGCUGAAGGAUUUAUUCUAGAGACUGCGUGGAAAGGAACUGAGGCUGAGAGAGAAACCGGUUUAUGACAAAUUGAUUCUCAGGUCGUGGUGGGAGCAGUGAUGAAUGCGUGAGGGAUACAAAACAGAUUUGCGCGGAUUUCGGUCACAGACUGGAGCAACGGUGGGAAACACCAAUCACGUGAAUACACAACAUCCAUGCCAUUGGAUAGAGUUGCACUGGCUUAUUGGCUUUGAAUCCACAAAAUGCAGAAAGCAACAUACUACGAUAACUCUGGACUUUUUGGGGGCUACACUUACCCCAAACCAGACUCUUACAACUACGGCCCCGCUCAUCAGUCCUACCCUGCUGCUAACAUCGAGAGUGACUACCAGGGCUCAGUGUGUCCCAUCCAGACCUCUGCUGUCCGGCCACCAGCCCUUAAAGACAGUGACCUGAACGGAGACUGCAUGCGGCAAGGCAGCAGUCAAAGCAACAGCAGCAGCCAGUCCACGAGUAUUGGGGAGCAGCAGGCUCCUCCACUGUCCGCAUCAUCUCCCAGCUCUAACAGCUCUGCAUCCCAGAAGAAGAAAUCCCCAUCCAGCAGCACUUCUAACAGUGCCACACCAGCCCUCACAAAGCAGAUAUUCCCCUGGAUGAAGGAGACCCGGCAGAACGCAAAGCAGAAGAGCAACAACUGCACCACUGCAGGUGGCGAGGUGAGUGAUGAGAAGAGCCCACCGGGACCAGCCUCCAAACGGGUCAGAACUGCGUACACUAGCGCACAACUGGUGGAGCUGGAGAAGGAGUUUCACUUUAACCGCUAUCUCUGUCGCCCUCGGAGAGUGGAAAUGGCAAAUCUGUUGAAUCUCACCGAGCGCCAAAUAAAGAUCUGGUUUCAAAACAGGAGGAUGAAAUACAAAAAGGACCAGAAGUCCAAAGGGCUCGCACACUCUCCCCUGGGACACUCCCCGGAUAGAAGCCCGCCGCUGAGUGGCCCAAAUCACAUUGGAUACUCUGGCCAGCUCCAAAACGGCCUCAGCUAUGACGCGCCCUCGCCCCCGUCCUUCGCCAAGCCCCAGCAAAACAUGUACGGUUUGGCCGCGUACACGGCACCCUUGGGUGGCUGCAUCCCGCAACAGAAGAGGUACCCGGGCUCCGAGUACGAACACCACGGCAUGCAGAGCAACGGCGGCUUUGCCAACGCCAAUUUGCAAGGCAGCCCCGUUUAUGUGGGUGGGAAUUUUGUUGAUUCCAUGCCAGCUUCGGGCCCCAUGUUCAACCUCGGCCAUCUUCCCCACCCCUCAUCCACCAGUGUGGACUACAGCUGUGCCGCUCAGAUCCCAGGAAACCACCAUCAUGGACCCUGUGAUCCCCAUCCCACAUACACAGACCUCACCUCUCACCAAGCGUCUCAGGGAAGGAUUCAGGAAGCGCCUAAACUCACGCAUUUGUAAUAUGUGGUUCCUGUGUGUGCGUGUGCGUGCGUGUGCGUGUAUGUGUGCCAAAAUUAUGUUGCGCUCUUUUUAUUACCUCACUAGUCUAAUAACUACACUCCAAGCGAGUAGUGU